GUUUUUAUCAGUGUAUAUCCCAUGUGUUUCGGUGUCAAUUUUUUUGAUGAAUGAAUUUCUUUACGCGUUUCCAUAAAAAAGGUGAAAUAUUGCAAAGAAAGUUCUGUAAAAUUGGUGAAAAUGAGUGCAGAGGACGUAGUAAAUGGCAUAGAAGCCAUUAGUUUGGAGAAGAACCCGGAGGAUGUAUGCCAGGCAGAGGGAGAGGACGACUACGUGGAUCCCUGGACAGUGACUAGCAAAUCCGACGCAGGCAUUGAUUACGACAAAUUAAUAAAACGCUUCGGCUCCUCCAAGGUGGAUGAUGAAAUUCUUGCGAGGUUAGAGAAAGUCUCGGGAAAACCGUGUCACCAUCUCCUGCGACGUGGGAUCUUCUUUUCCCAUCGUGAUCUCCACACCAUCCUCACGCUGAAGGAGCAGAAUAAACCCUUUUUCCUCUAUACUGGUCGGGGGCCGUCAUCCGAUUCCAUGCAUUUGGGCCACUUGGUUCCCUUCAUCAUCACCAAGUGGUUCCAGGAAACAUUCGACGUUCCCCUUGUUAUUCAGCUCACGGAUGACGAAAAGUCCUUGUGGAAGGAUCUCAAAGUUGAAGAGGCAAUGCGAAUGGCGAGAGAAAAUGCCAAAGACAUUAUUGCACUUGGGUUUGAUGUCCGGAAAACAUUUAUCUUCUCUAAUCUUGACUUUAUGGGGAGAUGCCCUGCUAUGUAUCAGAAUAUCAUAAGAAUCCAACGAUGUAUUACUUUCAAUCAAGUUAAAGGAAUUUUCGGGUUUGGUGAUUCAGAUGUGAUUGGAAAAAUUGGAUUUCCAGCUGCCCAGGCUGUUCCCUGCAUGUCCACGACUUUUCCAUUCAUCUUUGGAAAUCGCAAAGUGCAGUGCCUGGUACCGUGCGCCAUUGAUCAAGAUCCCUACUUCCGGAUGACACGUGAUGUGGCCCCACGACUUGGUUUCCCCAAACCAGCUCUCAUCCACUCAACAUUCUUCCCGGCUCUCCAGGGUGCCAAGUCGAAGAUGUCCGCGAGUGAUCAAAAUUCAGCUAUUUUCCUCACAGAUACGCCUAAGCAGAUUAAGUCGAAAAUUAACAAGCACGCAUUUUCCGGUGGCCGGGAUACUGUGGAAGAGCACCGAGCUCUCGGUGGGAAUACCGAUGUCGAUGUGCCCUAUCAGCUACUUAAGUUCUUCCUGGAAGACGAUGCAGAGCUGGAGCAAAUCCGAAUGGCCUAUUCCACGGGUGCUAUGCUCAGUGGGGAGAUUAAGAAGAAGGCAGUAGAGACUCUGCAGCCGAUUGUUGAGGAACAUCAGAAACGCCGGAAGCUCGUAACGGAUGAAAUUCUCAAUGAAUUCAUGUCGCUCAGGAAACUGGAAUUUUCUUAAUUUUUCUCCUUAUUCUCGUAUUUUUUUAUUUGUCUCAAAGCUAUUAUUAUAUUUAUUUAACAAUGCCACGCAAUAAAUUUUGCUUUGCACAGAAGACAA